GUGCAAUGCAACUUCCUCUUGUGACUCACUUGUUAAUUAUCUCAAAUCUUGAAAGUCUCGCUAUACUUGGGGUUCUCAACACAACAAGCCGAUUGUGAAAGAAAUAUAGGAAUACCUCACCAUGGCUUCCAAGGCAACCUACGGCAGCAUAAGUGAGACGCAAGGCGAUCUCUUCGACGCGCCAGAUGGAGCAGCCCUGAUUCACGCAUGCAACUGUAUCGGGUCCUGGGGUGGUGGGAUUGCAAAAGCCUUCAAGGAAAAGUAUCCGGCCGCAUACAACAUCUACCACUCACAUUGCCAGAAGUACAAAUUCAGUCCAGAGUACCUAGUAACUUCGGAUUCACCAGACCAGCCCGACAAUAUUCAAUCAUCUACCAGAAACAGAAAUAUCCGAUUACCAGAAGGCACAGCUCUCAUUAUCCCCCCUCAGGAAAAAGACUACAAAGGCAAAGCCAAGAAACACUGGAUCAUCUGCUUGUUCACGUCGCGCAAUUUCGGGAAGAGGGUUAGUUCUCCUGAUGUCAUUAUUCAGAAUACUGAGCUUGCUGUCGCGGACAUGGUGAGGCAGAUUGAUGGGCUUCGAGCUGAAGAGUCGGGCAUUGGGGAGCUUUGGUCGUGUCGGUUUAAUUCGGGGCUGUUUGGUGUUAAGUGGGAGCUUUCGAGGAGCGUUUUGGAGGAUUCGGGUAUGGAUUUUACUGUUGUGCGGCCUGAGGAUGAGGAUGAGUGAUUGAUUCGGGGGUGUAUCUUUCUUUAGGCAGUGUCUUCCUUGGUGUUUGCUAUAUGCAUGAACAUGGUGGACAACAGAUGCGGUUUAUUUUACUUCAUAUCCAAUUAGCAGAACGCUAAUGUCUUAA